CCUAUCCUCGCGCUGGCUGGCAGCAACAAAAGCCCAAAAGAGAAAAAGCUUUCCAAUUUUCUUCGACAAUCCGUCCUGAUCCCUUGUCAUACUUUUUAUUUUUUUUCGAUUUUCUCCUCCGUCGAGUUAGUGUUCGAUCGAAAAAGUCCUGUCGUGCUCUGUAAUAAAAGAAGAAACCAUGUCUCGUGUGCUGGAGAGUAGACCGUUCUGCAUUCUCUUGCUGGCGCUGGUGGGGAUAUCAUUGGCUGGAGCAGCAUUCGAGAGCAAUCUAAUGUCCGUGGAGGAAGCCAGAACGCUAGCAGAGGAGCCGCCUUUCUCAUCAUCACGCAUCGUUGGAGGAUCUCCGGCCAGUCUCAACCAGUUCCCGCAUCAGGUGGCUCUUCUGAGAUCGGGUUCACUCACGUGCGGGGGAUCACUGAUCAGAGCCAAGUGGGUCCUUACGGCGGCACAUUGUAUCUUCAACGGAAAUCAAGUAAUUCCACCAUCGUUGUUAUCGGUACUUGCCGGGACGGUAAACCUUAGCCAAGGUGGCGUUCGACGAAACGUUCGCAGAAUCAUUCCCCACGAACGAUAUGGGAACUUCCGCAAUGACAUUGCCGUGUUGGAGUUGGAACAAGCUUUUCAGCUGAGUAGUUCCAUUGCAACAAUUGCACUUCGUAGGUCUACCGUUCCGAGUGGUAGCACGGUAACCAUAUCCGGUUGGGGCCGACUGUCCAAUGGUGGUGCAUUGCCAACGGUGCUCCAGUAUAAUCGAGCAACAGCUCUUGCCACACUUGCAUGUGCGCUGGAAACGGGAAUCAGCACUGGAUUGAUUUGCCUAAAGUCACCCGUUAAUAAUGGAGCUUGCAAUGGUGAUUCCGGUGGUCCUGCGGUCUACAACAAUGAGGUAGUUGGAGUUGCUAACUUUGUCGUCAAUGGAUGUGGAUCGUCUCGCUCGGAUGGCUAUGCACAGGUGUCGGACUUUGUUCAAUGGAUUGAAUCGAAAAUUAAUUGAGCGCUUAAACCAAAAGGUGACAGUUGAUUUCGGUUUUUUUUGUUGUGUUGGAAUGUAUACGCUAUUUUCACAUGAAUAAUUGACUACGAAGUAUACCUUUUAGAUUUUAAGGAGAUUCAAUUUUUAAAAUUCAAUUUUUGUAUGCAUUGAAAAUUAUGGAAGUAAGUCAUUUGGCCAAAUACAAUUGGGUUGAUUUCCACAAAGGGUAAGUGUGAAAUUUUUUGGCCUAAGUAGUCUUCAUACUGGCUCUAUCUUAAAUGUCACAUUGAUUAAUUCUUUACUACAUUUAUUUCGAUACAUGGUUCGAUUACCUAUUGUACCAUAUAUAAUCGCAAAUAAAACUAUUCAAAAAUAUUUAAAAAUCAUUUUGGACUUGCUCUAGCCAAGAGCCAAAUAAUUAGAUUUGAUUGAAGUGAUUUGUAUAGGCGACUUCUCGGCUAUCUCUAUCACUGUCAGAAUUCCAUCGUAGAUCUUCCUUUCCGGAAUCCGAUCUGCAUCUUUGACAAUCUAUGCUCACUUCGUCAGCCUUAUUGUAUAGAGCCUCUUCUUCUCCUUCUUCUUCUUCUUCUUCUUCUUCUUCUUCUUCUUCUUCUUCGCCUUUGAAACUUAUUGCUUAUCGCAUAGUAGUUCAUUGCGUGCCCUCAACUUAGUGUUCUAGAUGCAUAUCCACCACAGACAAACAGACAUAACUCAUUGAAUGUUUCUCACUAUAAAACAUCGUCGAUAAAUCAUUACCGCCAUCUGUUGAGUACAAUGUGGUGGGCAGUACGCUGAACAGAUGGCGGUAGUAUGUAAACGUCAAACGCGUGGCACAAUUGACGGUACUACCAACUACGAUGCUUUUAAAUUGACCGUUAAAUGCUUGUUCGUCGAAAAAAUUCCGAGUGUUGUAUCUGUUUGUCUUUCCUCAGGCAGUUAUUAAUUGAGAGUUUUCGAUGCCUGGACCAUUUUUGCAUUAGUAUAAUUGUGUGGCAAGUGUAUGUGAGUCAUCCUCUAUCCCUCCCCAGCCAGGGGCGUUGGACUGGUAGAACUGCGAAUAAACUCACUGUUGAAGGCAUGGCUUUUCACGGACUGAGCCAGAUAAACCUUGUUCCCAAUUUCCAGUCUCGUUUUCUUGACUUGGUUUUUGUUAGCCAAAAUGCACUUCUGGACUGUGUCGUCGUUGAAGCGCCUGAUGUCAUCGUUCCUCUUGACAAUUUCCACCCUGCUUUGGAUAUAUCUAUCGCGAACGGAUCUCAAAUUCGUUUUGAUGAAACCAUGACUGCCACUCGGCUCAAUUUCCGGAAGACCGAUUUCCGUUUGCUGAGACGUUCCUUGUCCCUGAUCAACUGGAACGUGUUGAAUGACCUUGAUAUCGAUACAGCAGCCGCUCGAUAUAAUAGCCUUUUGCGCGACUGUGUUUGUGCUUCAGUACCGAAGUGCCAACCUCCAAGAAAACCGCCUUG